UCUUAAAAAGGCAACAAAGUACCCCAGCGUGCCUCAGUGAGCCCUCACCGUGGGCUUGCUCCCUUCCACCGACUGACAGGGCAAAGGCAACACGCACUUCCCUCAGCCCUGCCCUUCGACAGAGCUGAGAGGAACUGAGCAGCCUCCCCACUGCCGCCGUGGCGGCAGCUUCCGCCUUGUCUGUCACGCGGAAUGUGGCUUCUGUCCCUCACAGCCUUGGGUCAGACAGCCACAGUGCUUGCUCAGAGGGGAGCCAGGAGCAGAAAGCCAGCAUGGGCUCUGGGGCCAGCAUGCUGAGAGCCCUCCUCCUUCUCCUAGAUGUUGGAGUGUUAGCAACGGGCAAGUCUGCUGGGGCCGAAAUUGAUAUCAAGUACGCCAUCGUCGGGACGGCUGUGGGCCUUGCCAUAUCGGCUGGCUUCUUGGCCCUGAAGAUCUGCAUGAUCAAGAAGCACUUGUUUGAUAAUGACUCCUCGGACCUGAGAAACUCAACCCUGGGCUUCAACGAUUCGGUCACACUAAAGAAGAGAGUCCCAAGAGAUGCACGAGUGAUUGAACUCUAAAUGAGUGGCCUCUUCAGGAGAAGAGGUUGGGAGGUCUGGAGAGCUGCCCACAGCAUCGGUCUCAGAGAUGUCUUGAAUUUGACCUUCCAAAGCUCUUGAAGGAUCUUCAUAUGGAACUCAAUACCCAGGGCAAGUAAUAGAUCUAUAGUGUCUCUGUCUUGAGGGAAAAUAUCGAUUCUCUUCCACAAGAAGCUGACUGCAUAGAGUGAGGCACGAGCACUUUAUCCAGAAGUAAGAAAUAUGGAAGUCAAUAAAUCUAUUCUGCCUAUCCUGGUUCUCCAUGGAGGAGCUGUUCAUGCUUCUAUGAUAGCAUUGUGUCCAUAUCAAUGGAACCUACCCAUAGCAAAUGGCUUAUGGAAAUGGGGACCAAAGUCAAGACACAGCCUCCUUAACACCUCCAUCUAUCAACAGGUAUGCAUCAUUUUCUAGAACUGUUGGCCUCAACUUCUCAGUUGCCAUGAGUCCCUCUGCAAAAAUUCAGGGGUGCUGAAACAUGAAGACCAUGGGGCUAUCUCCAGUCUUAUAAAUGAAAGACUGACCUUCUACCGGAAGAAAUGGAGGGCUGGGCUGGAGAGGAAGGUGUCUCAGUGACCGUGGGAUGGCCUGCAGCUCUGCAGCUCUUUGAAUGAUGGAACCAACAAUGAAAAAGCUGAUGGUGUGCCUUAUAGGGAGCUAUACAAAUGUAGGGGAUUAUCAUUAUGCUUAUGGCAUUAUCUUGUGGUACAAAUGUGAGUGACUUUUGCAUGGAGGACAUGACUCACAGAGGCUUAGGAACCCCCCGUCUUUUUAUUAUUGCCAUGAACCUAAGGUUCUGUGACACAGGCCCCAUUAACAUUUCUCUCCCCCAUAAUAUUAACAUUGCAUUUCUGGGGCUGCACUAUGGAAUACUCUCUGCCUUUCCAAUUCAACAGAAAUCUGAGUGGUUGUGUCGACUGGUUCUCAUUGGAUUGGGUUACUCUCCUUGUGUGUGAUGAAAGAUGAGCAAUAUUUCAAAACAAAGUACUGUGUUGUAAUAAUUUGCCUGGAUUCCCAGGGUGUCUUUUAUCUGACUUGAUAACAACGUAGUUCAUUAGCAGCCUUUGUUAACUGAUAACCUAAAGCGGUAACAUGAUACUCAUAAGCAAUUUUCUGUGUGUAAGAUAGAAUAAACCAUCUUGUAAGGUA